AUGAGCCACUACAGCAGCUACUAUGGAGGCCUUGGCUAUGGCCACAGAGGUUUCCAUGGACUGGGCUAUGGCCAUGGAGUUGUCAGUGGCUAUGGCUACAACCACAGAGGCUUUAAUGGUCUGGGCUAUGGCUUUGGCUGUGGAGGUGGCAGCUUCCACAGACUGGGCAAUCAUGGCUUUGGAGGCUAUGGAUAUGGUUCUAACUAUGGAAACCACAGAUAUGGUUGCUACCAUCCCUCAUCUUUUGGAGGCUAUGGCUUCUCCAGCUUCUACUAA